ACAUAUGUAUAUAUGUAUAAAUCGUAAUGUACGCACGCGUACAAUACUAAAGGAAUGGAUGGACAGUAAUUCAUAUUCGUGAUUAGCAGUAAAUAUCUACAUUUGCAUCGAUGAGGAAGCUGUGUUUUGAAAUAAAAUCCAACAAAGAAGAAUUUAUAGUGUUUUGUUCUUGAAAAACUUCAGUAGACAGAUACUAGGGUAUUUUCGAAGAUAGAAUAGCUGUGAAGCCAUCACCAAGGAACUUAAUAAGUUUUACUACUUUUAGAAGAAUUUAUUUUCAAAAUGGCGGCUACAAGAAGAUUGCAAAAGGAACUUGGUGAUUUACGAGCUUCGGCAAUGAAAAAUUUUACAAAUAUUCAAGUAGAUGAAUCAAAUAUUCUCACUUGGCAAGGCCUCAUAUUGCCGGAUAAUCCACCAUACAAUAAAGGCGCAUUUCGUAUUGAAAUAAAUUUCCCUGCAGAGUAUCCCUUUAAACCUCCAAAGAUAAAUUUUAAAACAAAAAUAUAUCAUCCAAAUGUGGAUGAAAAAGGUCAAGUAUGUUUACCAAUUAUAAGCGCUGAAAAUUGGAAACCAGCAACAAAAGCAGACCAAGUUGUACAAGCUUUGAUAGCAUUAGUUAAUGAUCCUGAACCAGAGCAUCCAUUAAGAGCAGAUCUUGCAGAAGAAUUUUUAAAGGAUAGAAAAAAGUUUUUAAAAAAUGCAGAAGAAUUCACAAAAAAGCAUGCAGAAAAAAGGCGGGAAUCGUCGUCAUCUAAUGAAUAACCACGAGUGACUGAUCUUACUCACCAUGAUGCCUGCCGCCCAUCAGCUAAUUUAAUUCAAACCAAUAUAAGACUUCUCUGCUACAUGAAAAACAAAUUGAUUGAGAUACAUGUGUACAGUAUUGGUUAAUCACUGACAAUGAUAUUAAUAUGUGCAAAUUGUAAGGUUUAUAAAGUGGAUUAACAAAUUUUUCAGAACAAAGUAAAAGUAUAAUAAACUAACUGUAUGAUAUUGUAUACAAUUUGUAUUUUGAAGUUAUAUGGAUAUAUAAUCCAUAUGAUUCCACGAAGCGUGAAAAAUAUCACCUGUUCUUUUUUCUGUCAAAUUUAAGGCAAUUACAAUUUGUUAUGAACAAAUACAACAUUAUACAAUAAUGCAUUUACUUCCAGUGUUAAAGAUACAUUAUGAACAUGUUAACUCUU